AAUUAAUUUUUGGAAAAUCAACAGGUUGUUGUGAUCACAGGAGCAAACUCAGGUAUUGGGAAGGAGACAGCACGUGACUUAGCAAGUCGUGGAGCCAUAGUAAUUCUUGCAUGCAGGAACCGCCAGGCAGCUCUUGAAGCUGGAAAGGACAUCCGUACUACCACUGGAGAUGGUGACUUGAUUGUCAUGGACCUUGACCUAGGUGACUUGGCUUCAAUUAGGUCAUUUGCAUCGAACUUCAUGGAGAAGUUUAGUAAGCUUGACGUCUUAAUAAACAAUGGUGGAGUGUUUAUCCCCCCAGAAGAGCGCAGGAAGACUAAGGAUGGCUUUGAAAUUCACUUUGGGGUAAAUCAUUUGGGUCAUUUUCUCCUCACGCAUCUGCUCUUUCAUCAUAUUCAGCGCACACCUAGCUCUCGAAUUGUUAAUGUGUCAUCACUUCUCUACAAAUGUGGCAAGAUAGAUUUUGAUAAUCUGGAUGCAGAUAAAGGCUGGGACAAGAAAGUCAGACAUAACACCCUCUACUGUAACUCUAAGCUAGCAAACAUCUUCCAUAGCCAAGAACUGGCUAAGAGACUCCAAGGCACAGGAACAGGAGUAUUUGUUUUGUGCCCUGGCUUUGUGUACACUGGGCUCAUGAGAUACAGUGCCCACCAGUUCAAUUGGUUCAAAAAACUGUGCUUUGCUCCUAUUGUUUUCCUGUUUAUGAGAACUCCAAAGCAGGGAGCCCAAACUACUAUCCACUGUGCUGUGUCAGAGGAAUUGGAUGGUGUGGAAUGGGGAUUCUUACGUGAGUGCAAAAUUGAUAAACUGGAAGCAGUUGCAGAAGAUUCUGAAACUGCUGCCAAACUAUGGGAUGUGUCGAUGGCUCUUGUUGGGGAGGGAGGCCCUGGAUCAGCAGCCCUGGAAGAGGAUAAUGGCUUUGUUGAAGGGCAAGAUGCAGAAGCAGUAAUGGUGGAGGAAGAGGCUGUUUUGGUGGAAGAUAUUCAAGUGGAAGAAACCACAGUAUUGAAAGCAAGCCCCCAGGUGGAAGAGAAGGGUCCAGCUGAAGAUGAAGAACAAAUGUUAAGAGAAGAAGCAGAGUCACCUGAUGCAGAACUAGAGACUCUAGAGAAAGAAGAAAGUGAUGAAGAAGAAGAAGGAGAACUACUAGACGAGGAUUUUGUCAACAGUGACAAGGAGAAGUUGCUGGAACCAAAAAAGUCAGAUGAAGUUAAAUGAAUGAAGUGAGGAUAAAAUAACUAUACCAUCUGUACGAAGACAGUAGCACUUGACAUGCAUACGUAGUCACAAACAAGUAGAAAUUAUGAAUCUAGGAAUUGUAUAUGCAUUCAAAUAUAAUCAACUACAGAUCUGCUUGUAAGCCAAAUGAGAUUCAUAAUGUGUUUGAAAUAUGUACAAUUAAAUUUGGCUAAGCAGUGGAAAGUUGGCUGUGUAACACUUGUGAUUUUGCAAUAGUAAAUUUAUAGAUAUUCUAAGGUUUGCUCUAUUUUAUUAAAGCAAAGGCAUAUAAAAACUGUAAAUAAUUAAAAGCUUAAACGAGUCGUCCUGCAAAGUAUUGCCAAACUCAGGAAAGGCCUUGAGUCUGCUUAUAUGGUAUUACUUCUGUAUUGUGGUUGUUUGUUAUCAUAGUCAUAACAGGGUAAUGGUACCUGUAUUUGCUUACGUGUGUUGUGUUUAUGUGUUGUACAAAUAUGUUAUCUGGUUUUCUUAGACUUGCUCUAAUGAAAAUUUCAAAGAUCAAAUGCUGUUAAAUGUUGCUAUACCAGCUAUUCAAGUAUUUUAGAUUUAAAUCCUGGCCAGUACAGACUCAGAUAUUAUCCAAAAGACAUAUCCAGUACUAGGAUGAUUUAAAAUUCAGUAUCCAAUUAUUUUCUUUUAUUUUUUUUAUUAUAUUUUUAAAGAUAAAGCUGCUUGUAUUAUUAAAAAUAUAUACUGACUGGAAAAUCAGACACUAUAAUUUUGAUUUAACAAGUUUAUAUUAACAGUGUUUCUGCAUCUGAUAACCAAAAAUAGUUGCAAGAACAGUAAGUCAUUAUUCAAGGCUAUCAUAAUGGGUAGAAAAAGUGUUUUUAGCUAUUUUCAAACUUCAGAAGGAGACAAGAAGAGAAUGACUUGCUCAAACAUCCUCCUACACCCUAAACAAUUUAUAUCUCCUUUUUUUUCCCUUAUCACUGUAUUUUAAUAACAUUAACUUUGAAAUGGGUUUUGCUUUUCUUGUCUCUAUGGGUAGUGUCUUAGAAGUACUUCAUAAUUAACAAGAAAUACUUAAAGGAAUAUAACCUACAGUCACUCUUAACAUUUGUUGUUGUCAACAGCUUUUGUAGAGAAAAUCUUUCUGAAAGAUUUUACAAUUUUGCAUUACUUAAAACUUGAGAUAGUUUGCUUCCUAAAAUCCAUAUCAGGGAUUCCAUAAUAUAGAACAGAUAUUUAUAUAUAUAUACAUAUAUAUAGGUCCACUGUAUGCAAUAUAUAUUAUAUAGACCCAUUGCACCUUUUGGGAAAAAAAUACUUGUCAAGUACAAGUGAUUUUCUUGUUAGGAGAUUGUCUCUAAUAUAUUGAUAUGAUUUUUUUUUUUUUUUCAUUUGAUAAGGUACUGAAUUUGUUUCAAUUUCAGGUUCAGUUACCAAAUGAGCUAUAAUUUCAUUGUAAUGAUAUGGAUUUUUGUCAAUCAUACAUAGUAUUGCAUUAAUAAAUAUUUCAACCUAA